GAGUCCCAGUGUGCUGCAGGAAGUCCUAAGACUCGUAUCCGCCGUCUGCCCUGUACGUCUGCCACGCCUUAGCUGUCAUUUAAUGUGAUUUGCUUUCAUCCCUUGGAAUCGGGCAUACGUUCUUGAGAGGCAGCCGUCACAAUGCUUGCAUGUUUUAUCAUGGCACAUGGACUACGUUCGGCAUCUCUAUCUACUGAGGCCCUGCUACCAAGGAUCGCCUGGUCGUGUCGUAAUAUGUCCUCUCGACCGUCUGUGACUAUGCAGUCUCCACCCUUGGUCCGUCCUUCUCCGCCCCCUUUACCGGCGGAGCAGCAGCAAGAGUUCGAGGACCUUGUGCGUGCUGCACAGGCGCCCCUUUCCAGACCGUCGGACCGGUCGGAAGCAGAAGCUGAGCUUGCCAUGCAUCCGGAUGCUCGAGCACCUCUCAAGGCGGAGUUCGAAGGCGAAGUAAACCCCAGAACUGGAGAAAUUGGCGGGCCGAAAAGAGAACCAGUGAAGAAAUGGCGGGACGAUGAGGGUGAUUGGAGCUUUAAGGGACGGGUGUCUGAUUUCUGAGGUUGCGAUCUGUCACUCAUACCACAUGUUUGUAUGUAAUGGUGUGCGAAGAGAUUUCGCCGAGUGAGAGUCCAAGCACGCCAUGCGCCUGAGGGCUGAGGCCUGAGCGCUGAGCGCUGAGUAGGAAUUAUCCUAUCG